AUGGGACGCGGAUCUCGAUCAUGGGACGACAAGUCGUACUCGCUUUGGCGUGGCUCGGCUUAUGUGUCGCCAAAGAACCGAGCGCGCCCACACUGGGAGGGCCAGGAUGGGUGGAAGCAGCCGUCGCUCCCGACCUUUCCAGCUUUCGAUGCUAUGCCGUCGAGCUCGAGUGCCAAGGGACCGAAGAAAGAGGCCGAGGACACUUCGGUGCGUGCCCCUGGCGUAUUCCAUGGCUUGCAGGAGGCCCUCACAGCCUUCAGCAAAGCAGAGGGCAGAGUGGACAGGUGCCUCAAGACGCAGGAGCGCACCUCGCUUUUGUGGCAGGAGUACCAGAAGAAGAUGAAGGAUGCCCUCAUGCGCGAGAAGAGCCGUUUUCAGGCCAGGAUGGCCAAGUUGGCCCGCGAGCAUCAGGAUGCGGAGCUGCACCGCGAAGCUGCCAGGGCAUGCGUGCGCAAUUUCUACACUGGACAGCAGGACAGUACAGCGGUGCCCACCCCGAUGGAGGAUGGAGAUGCAGAGGUGGAGGCGAUGUUCGAUCAGUGGAUGGCGGAGAAGCCUCCGGGGCAGGACUACCAGGCUCUGCUUUCCAGAGCUCUUGGACGCCUUCGAGGCCAGCGCAUGGUGACGGAUGGGAUUCCGGGGCCUUCGGCACCUGUUCCGACACCAGCACCCGACGUCAGCUUGGAGGAGCAGCUUCGUGCUCGCAGAGCUCUCAAUCCCUUUGGUCUGCCUUCGACGACCACGGAGCAUAUGAGGCCUACCGAACCGGUUCCCACGCCCUUUUUGGACGACGACGAGGACGACCCGGAUUUGGAUGGUGGCCUUACCGCGGAGGAGCUGGCCAGGCUGCAAGCCAAGAGGGAUGCGUCGGGGUGCUUGUGCGGUGGCACCCUUGCCUUUGCGCCCGGCUUUGACUGUGGGGGUCGCCUCGGCCUCGGCUCUGGGUUUGCCUCAAUCCCCUUUGUACCUGCCAGCUUGGCUUUCGCCCCCGCCUUCUUUCCAGGUGCUGGAGCUGUCAACCCUGCCAGGCGGCCUCACGAUAUUGAUCUUGAGGAGCUUGCGCAUCAUAUUGGACAGCCCUUACUGCGCGCUGGGCCACUUGCGCCUACGCUCUUCGACCAAGGCCAAUCUCGAGUUAUCCCACUUGAUUGUGUGACUGACCUCCCGGAGCCUGUCGGUGGUCAGGAUGCUAGGUGGCUGGGAGUUGCUGUGUUUACGCCGCACUAUCGGCCGGUCCGUCUGGCCGUCCUAUGCCCACCGGGGCAGGGGCUUGACUAUGUCACGGACGUUGUUCUUCAAUCGGCCCCUGGUGCCGAGUCCCGCCUGUUUGAUCGGUGCGUGCCGGCCCGCCCUCUGCAGUUUCAUGGCUGGUGCACUUUAGUCAGGUUUCCCUCUAUAGCUUCCAUGUCACCUGAUGGUGUGAUGCGAGCUGUUAUGGUUGACCUUACUAUGGUCGGCGGACACUAUUACGCCUGUUUGCUGCCAGAGGACAUCGCCUUUGAUGAGCUUAUGCACUUUGCAACGCAGCAGGCGUCCUACUCCGAUGUCGAUAUCGUUCUGCAUGUCGGUAACAGCCCUGUUGCCCAUGAGGCGGACGUGAAUGGCUAUGGCACCAGACCGCUGAAGAAUUAUUCCAGGAUGCUGAAUCAUGGCAGCCGCCGCUUGAGAUGCCGAAACUUUCUCCUGCUACUGGUGUGCUUGUUCACCAUGGUCCUGAGCGUGUCUUUAUGCCGCGGCACCAUCAUUAUGGGCAAUCGCCUCUCUCUGCAAUAUCCACGAUGUGGGAUUAUCGAAUGCACUGUCUGCGUCUUCCUCACCCCCGACCUCGAGUACCGUGGUAACCCGUGUAUGCAGGCUGCUUGUGUAGUCAAUCUCCCUAGUGCGCAGCUUGAUGCACCGCUCGCUUGGCGGAGACGCGACUUCUUUGCACUCUGCGACUUCCGAGGUCUGGGAUAUGGUAUACGCAUCGCUUACAGCAAUGUGCCAUGGCUGCACUUGCCAUCCGUUGCAGCCGUUGCAGGGGUGCACCUCCCGCCCAACCUACAGCUCGCUGCUGUAGGCUGGGAGCCUUUGGGUGAUGAGGCCAAAUCAGAGCAGGCCAUGGAGAGGGAGGUCACGUUCCCGGACACCGGGGGCCUUCUCCAUUCUCAUUCUAUUACCGGCUUCUCCCCGCCCCUUGCCACCUGCAAGCUCCUCAGGGAGCCAACCUCCCACACCGUCGCCCAGCGUGAGCGUAUCGACCAAGCCCGUGAUUUUGUGCGACAGGCUGGUCGACAGUGGGGUUACCUACCAGCCGAUGAUGAGUUUGCCGGUGACCAUGAUCCUGAGGAAGGUUGGGAGUCUGACGUUGAUUCACUUCAGGAGGGUGAGGCCGAGUUCACCUUCUUUGUGUUGCGUAUCGAGUACGUGCCUGAGAUUGUGCUAGAUGCGCCAGUCGCCGUGCAAGAAGCGCUUGCGCUCAUUCCCCAAGUCCGUGACCCUGUCAGCACUCGGCUCUAUCCAUAUCUUAUCGUUGUUGAUCCCCAGCCGUCGCAGGCCUCGGGCCUCUUGCUCUCGAUGCCGGGUUGGGCCACAGAUGAGAUCGUUGUGUGUUGCGACCUCUCUGCGUUCGAUGGGCGAUUGUUUGCGGCUGAUGCCCCAGCGGUUGCCUCGCGCGAGGUCAUUCUGCGCAUGUGUGAGUUGGAUCAGGAGGCUGCCGCGGAUAUCUAUGUUGGCACAGGCGAUGUUCCAUUGGUCGACAGAGAGGUGCCGCUACGCCCAGGUGUCUGCAUUUCGGUUGUCCGUCGCUUUGCCCUGCCUGGGCCAUUCUAUUCCCUCCGGGAGACCCUUCAGAGCUCCGCCACUUGGGACGACGAGCCGCAGUUGCCCAUUGGCCCAGCGGGCGGAGGCUUUUGUGCUGUGAGCGAGCAGGGACACCGCCGAUUCCCUGUCGACCCCACUGCGUUCUUUGCAGACCGACGCGCCGUUGCUAAUGCCUUUGCCAUUCAGGUUGAUGAGCUAGUCAUCCAGCCAGCGGUGCCUGUGAUCGGUGACGUUGCUAUGAAAGGGGUGUACUGUCGCAAUGUCUGUGCUAUCGCGACUGCUCGCGAUCCCGUCACUCUGCAACCCGCGCCUGAUCUGCUCGCUACGGUUGUCGAUUGCCGAGCACUUUUGCAGGGGUGGCUCUUGCUCACCUCAGAAGACGGCCGCAUAGACAAAGAGGACCUUGUGAAUGUCCUGUCAACAUUCGCGCCUCCUGGUUGGUGUGUCCAUCUGGAAGGACUCUUAGAGGCGGAUGGCACCGCUUCCGUCCUUGCUGGUCGACCGGUUUAUGCCUCCUUUGUUCCGCUCCCUGCACUUGAGGGCCAUGAGGAGGAAGAUGGCGAAAGCGAGACACCGGCCGAUAUCGACAUGGUUGUGGAUGCUGGGCCUGUUACAGCCCUCAAUGUUCCAGGUCCCGCCUAUGCUGAGCCUGCUGUCGAUACUGCAGAUGUGUCCCCAGACCGGAAUUUGCUCCGGUUGUUGCUCGCUUUGACCUUCGGCCUGGUGCCACGAUUCCAGCGGCAAGGACAAUAUGAUGUCUACGUGCCUAAUUCUGAUACGUCCCUGCAGCCCAGACAGGAGUGUUUUCUCCAGCACGGUAGCUGUGUUGUCAUUGUCCCGGCACCUGGCCGGAAUUUGGUAGCCUCUUCCCUGCUGGCUAUGCUCGCAUCCGCCGACGGCUGGGGUACCUCUGACGUGCCCCCUGUCGUUGCAGGCGAUUGGGUGCAUGUUAUUGGGGAAGAGGGGCCCACUAGUUUCUGCCAUGCCGUUGGGCGUCGGCGCUUCCUCGGACAGGCCUUGUCUGAGGCCCUGCACCUGCCGUCCGGUUCCUUUGCUGCCCAGCACGCCUGCCCUGACUUGUGUGACUACUCUGACGCAGGCCGUAGUGCACAUACCGUUGUCGCUGUGACGCAGGCACAUCUCGUUGAGCCCGAUGAAACGGCGGCUGGGUGUGUCUGCUUCCUUGACCUCCGAGCCCUUAACUGUGGUUUGACGUGGGCCUUUACCCCUGACCGAUUUGUCUCUCCGAGCCCUUAUGUGCCCCUUUCAAAGAUCACCUGCGGAUCCUCUGUCAUCUGUGCCGAUCGAGUUAUCAAGUGUCCCCCGGCUUUCACACACCAUGCUUUCCCCGAUAGCAAGCCGUGGCUCACCCCUGUACUCUCGGCACUUCUCCCAGUUGAUGUUGAGACUGCUGCCGAUCUUCUCCCACUUGAUUAUCGGCCUCAUUCUUGCUGGAAACUCCUCUGUGAGCCCGUGGCUUCUGCAGCCGGUGCUGAUCACCGCUUUGCUGCGGCCCGCACGGCCACACGGCUCCUCGGCCAGCGAUGGCCCUUCGACCCUGCCUGGUCCCCCGUUAUGCCGGUGCAGGAUGAUGAUGUGCACUCGGUAUCCUCGGAGGCUCUUGAAGGCGACUUGGUUGUUGAGGCUGUAUUCUGCCUUUUUGCACCCGGGUAUACUCCUGAGUGUGGCCACAACCCCAGCCUUCAUGGGGUGCACUUCUUGCUAUCCCUGGGUGGCUUCAACAUCGGGCUGCACCCUGUCGCUGAGGUCGAUGUUUUCCUCCCUGAAGCGAUCGAUCCUAUGCCUGCGGGCGGCGACUUCCAUGUUCAAUCUGGGAUGUGCAUUGUCUUCCUCCCGAUCGGGAGGGUGCCGGCCGAGCACUACUUGAUCGCCACUGACCAAGGCAUCUCCCCUUUCCGACUCUUGCCGGAACGUUCCAUGUUUCUACGGGCCGACCUUCCCCUGCAGCGUGAUGCAACCGUGUAUGGCUACCCGUGUCGCAACGUCGUCUUGCUUACGCAUGAUCAUGGCCCUCGCUCUGACGAAGAGGAGAUUUCUUGCCUGGUUGACUGCCGACCGCUGUUGCUUGGGUGGCUUCCCCUGUACACCAACGGUGGCCAUGUAAACCUCAACUUCCUUAAGGCCUCCCUUCAGCCAAGUGCGUCAGAGGGAUGGGAGGUUAACCUGCGUGGCAUCCCUAGACAUUGGACCUGGACCUGGUUAGAACCCGGGCAGGUCAUCGCCGCUACGCUUGUCCGCAGGGUUGUACCUACUGUUCCUGCCGCCGAUGUGCACGGUGAGGACCACGGGACCUCUGAUGACAAUCUUGAUGGACACUUGCCACACGCUUCUGCUGCCAAUGGCCAAGUUGACCACCACGGCACAGGUCCAGGCUCUGAGGUCGUUGACGCUGCUCUGGCCCCGCUGAACACAGGCUACGUUGAUGUUCCCCUCCGGACUAGGCAGCAUCUGCUCUGGGGUCUCCUUGCUACGGCUGUCGCAGCGCUGAGCAUGACAGGCCUGCUCCUUCUAUGCUCCCGCGUUUGUGUGCCUUGCAGCUACCACCAUGUUACCGGCGGCGCCGGUGAGGGGACCCGUGGCAUCCUGGCGCUCGCUGCUUUAGGAACCCGAAGGCGUGCUCUAGGUUUUGCAGCCAUCUCUGCCAUUGCUCUUGCUAUUGAGCUCCCGGGGGUUGGGGCCGUCUGCCCCUCAGGGGUCGACGUUGUGGGUGUGUCUAAAAAUAAACGCCCUGACCUGGCAUCCACUCAUGGCCCACGACCCUUACCCACACCCUGCCGCUCCCUCUGUCACAACGCUGGCCCUGUGACUCGAGUCAGCCGUGGCAGCGGCCACGGUGACGGCCCUAUCAGGUCGCCCUGCCCCGAGCGCCUUGUCACUCUUCUUGAGGAGAGUGUGCAGUGUACUGGCGGGUAUCCCUUCUUUCUUGCCGCCACCCUCGUUGACACUUUGGUGGAACACUUCGCAGUGAAGGGCCACGGAAGUCGGUCUGAUGGCCCGCGGGCACUUUCCCUUUGCGACCUUGUUGCCCCGCCCCGCGACGACCUUCUGGCGUGGAGCAUCCCACUUUGGCAGGUCCCAUGCUUGUCACACCGCCUCGCCAGUGCCUUGGACAAGCUGCCGUGCCCUGAGCCUUUGAGCAUAGGCCCUCUCAACCUUGGUUUCAACGCUGCUGCUCUUCGUGACCUGCUGCAGCAGCCCUGUCUUCUGGCGCCGGUUUCCGCGCUCCAGCGCUUUGCUACCGCCCAGGACCGGGCCAAGAUUGCUGCAUCCCGGUCCUUUGCUGAUGAUCUACAGGGGGAGGUUUUGCACUGCUUCACUGAUGGCUCUUUCACCCCGCCCAGCCACGGAAGCCCCGCUCUUUGUGGUUGGGCGUGUGUCUUUGUGCACCCUAGGUGUGCUGCGGCUGGGGUGGUGUCCGGGACUGUCCCGCAAGCCCUCCUCGCGGGAGAUGAGACCUCUGCCUUUGUCGCCGAGUGCUGCGCGCUCAUUGCUGCCUUACGGAUCUCUGCGUGCUACCUCGACACCACCCCCCUCGUUUUUGGUGUUGAUUGCCUGGCUGCUCUCGGUCUCGCGGAUGGGACCAUGCUCAGCUCAGGUAAGGCAGUUGCGGGUGUCUUGUUUCGGAUUGGAUCGAUGAACCGCAUGCUCUGUCCAGCCACCCGCGUCUUCCGGCAUACGCCGGGGCAUAGCAAGAUUCUCGCUAACGAAAUUGCAGACCUCGCUGCUCGUCAAGCAGCCCAGGGCCACCCCGUGGGCCAACUUGCCUGGGAGUUUGAGGGCAGCGACACUUGGUGGUGUGAUGGCGGCACUGCGCUUGAUUGGGCUGGCCUCGCCCUUACCUGCCAUGUUGGGCAUAGUUCCCUGCCACCCCUGCGGCGAGGGCCUGUGCCGGUAUCUGAUUCCGAUGCGGGGUUAGGGCCAGCCCAGCUCUUGGGGCCCUUCCGCCCCGACUACGAUUGUGAGGAUCAACCUGCUCAACGCGGCACGCUUCGGUUGACGGUUGGUACUUACAAUGUUCUCUCGCUGUGCGGGAAGUCCUUUGGUGACCACCCUGGUGCCGGCCUUGCGUAUGUUGCCGGCCGCCCCACGCUCCUGGCAAACUGCUUGCAAUCCCAUAAGGUCGACGUUCUAGCUGUGCAGGAGGCUCGUACCGAGGCCGGCACUGUUACUACGGGUAACUUUAUUCGCUACUGCUCCGGAGCCCUGAAGGGCAACUUCGGUACCGAACUGUGGUUUCGCGAGGGGGCACGGGUUGUUACGGCUUCGGCUGGCGGUGAGGCUCAAGUCUGCUUCCGUAAGCAGCACUUCAUCGUACUGCAUGCAGACCCACGUCGUCUUCUUGUCCUCUUCCACAGCGUUGACACCCGGCUUGUCUUUGCCUCCCUGCACGGGCCCCAUAAAGGCUCCGAGGCGGGACAUCUUGACUCAUGGUGGCGUGAGACGAACCGCCUCCUUGCAGGCGUCAGUGCCCGCGGAGAUUUUGUCUUGCUUGGUGAUUUUAAUGCCGACCUUGGCUCCGUCGAGUCGUGUGCCGUAGGCGUGCUGGGGGCCACGGAACAAGAUUCCGCUGGGGAAUUUUUGCAUGACCUUGUACUCCGCUCUCGACUUUGGAUACCAUCAACGUGGUCUGACGUGCAUGUCGGGCCCUGCGGCACGUAUCUACAGAAGCGCAAUGGAGCUGAGAGCAGGUUGGACUAUGUCUGCCUUCCACAGGCAUGCAGACAUCCCAGGCGUGGGCAUAAGGGGCGAAGGUUCGAUGCACAGGCUAUGUUGACGCCCGGUGGCAGAGAUAAGGUUGCGAACAUUCUCCGACAUGCGCCACUAAUUCCCUGGCAUGUGAGUGCCGAUGCGCAUGCUGCCCAGCUUGUUGGUUACGUGCAGCGCGAACUCGAACUUGCCUUUCCGGCCCCCAAAGGUAAGCAACGGCAUCCCUUUCUUUCUGACCACACCUGGCCGCUCCAUGCAAGGGCGGCGCAUCUGAGGAGACGCCUGGCACGGUUAAGGGUUGCUGUACGGUUCCAUUCUGUUGCUGCAGCCUUUUCCACAUGGCGCUAUGGCCGCGGCACUCUCUCAGAAGCCAUACAUGCCACCCGGUGGAUGCGGCAAGCGGUUGAGGUCGAGUCCGCUCUUGCUGCCGAGCUCCAAGACAAGGCAAGGAGCCUCCGUCUUGGUUGCCGGGCCGACCGGACACAAUACCUCUCUGCGCUUGCGGAUCAGGUUGGGGAGGGCAAGGACGCGUCUUUCGAAGCACUGCGGAAGCUUCUCGGCCACAAAAAGCGUAAACCAUUUACGCCUGAGGUAUUGCCGCAGCUCCUCGAUGAGCAUGGAGUUCUUUGUCCAUCUCCUGCUGCCACCACGGCCCGCUGGCGGCAGCAUUUCAGUGACAUUGAAGGGGGGUACGCCGCUACUCCUGAGCAGAUAGCUAACCUUUGUGCCCCACCGGCUAUCGCAAUCGAUAGCAUACCACUUGAGGAUUUUCCUGCCCCGGCCGAUCUCCUCAAUGCUAUCCUUUCAGCCAAAACCGGGAAGGCCAGCGGACCCGAUGGGGUACCUGUUGAGUUUGGCAAAGCAUGCCCAGCUCUCUGGCAGGGCAUUCUCCUUCCCCUUCUCCUUAAAGUUGGGCUCCACUGCCGCGAACCCAUUGGCCUUAAGUCUGGCAUCCUCACGUGGAUGUACAAAGGCAAGGGUAGCAAGCUCACCUGCGCCUCUUACAGGGCCAUCAUGCUGCUGUCUACUGUUGCGAAGACGCUGCACAGGGCUUUUCGCCCGGCUCUUUACCGGUUCUUCGAUCACCGAUCGCUUCCUGUCCAGAUCGGCGGCAAGAAAAGCACUACGGUGCUCUUUGGCGCGCAUCUCAGCAGGUCUUUUCUUGCCUGGCGGGCCAGCCGAUCGUUGUCUGGGGCGAUUUUGUUUGCGGACGUGGCAGCUGCCUAUUACAAUGCUGUCCGGGGUCUGACUGCUCGGGACCUCAAUGCAGACGACCCUGCGGGCCCUCUUGUUCCACCUGAAGUCGCUACUCGGCUUGAGGAACCAAGUGCUCUCCGAGCGGGCGGCGCGGAGCCGUGGUUGGAAGCGCUGACGCACGACUUCAAUCACAACACCUGGAUGACCCUUAAGGGCGACUGUCAACACAUCGUUACCACCAAAGGCAGUCGUCCCGGGUCUUCGUGGGCCGACCUUUUCUUCGGGGUCACCGUCCCGGGCAUCCUGGCCCUGAGGGAUCAACUCCGUGCUGAAGUGCUUGGAGAGACGGUGUGCAGCCAGCCCAACUUCGUUUUGUGGGAUGGGGCCCGGACCUUCAGCAGCUCUAUCCAGCCCUCCAUUGCCGCUCCUCUCACGGAAGUUGUGUGGGCCGAUGACGUGUCCUCUUACCUGUGCUUGGCUGAGCCCUCCACGGCUGCCUUUCGGCUCGGUGUUGAAACUUCCGUGUUGGUUGAUGCAUUCGCGGGUUACGGUUACAGCCUCUCUUUUGGCCCUGGCAAGACAGCCGCUGUCGUGGCCUUGCGCGGCAAGGGUGCCAGGCAGGCUCGGCGCUGUCUCUUCACAGGGACUGCCACAGUCCCCGUUGUCUCCGAGCACCGCCUUGGCGAGCGACUGCCACUCGUUUCAGUUUACAAACACCUUGGUGUACAGGUUGCGGCUGCUGGUUCCGAGGUAAAGCAACGCAUCGCCCAGGCCUGGGUCGCCUUCCGUCAGGGUCGCACAAAGGUGUACCGGUCCAAACGCUUGACUCUGGUGCGCAAGGGUAACCUCCUACGCUCGCUUGUGCUUUCCCGACUUCUCUUCGGGAGUGGCUCGUGGGGGACCCUGCGCAUUGGCGAAUUCCAGGCAUUCAGCCGUUGCCUGGGCGCUAUGUAUCGACAGUGUCUGUGCGUCCAUCCCAACGCAGAUCAGGAAAUCUCUACGGAGGCGAUGUGCUCCUUGCUGGGGCAACCGGAUGCCCUCACCAUCCUGCGGGUUGAACGCCUGCGCUAUGCCCGCCAGCUUGUGGCCACGGGGCCUGACGUGCUGUGGGCGCUGCUUAAGCACGAAGCGGCGUUUACCGGGGCCGUUCAAGAUGCGUGCAGGUGGCUCUACCGUUGGGUUUGUGAUACCUCUCCUCUGGGGGAUCCGGCCACCGCUUGGGAUGGAUGGGUCCGUGUUAUGUUGGAAAGGCCGCGACUGUUUCGAGGCCUCAUCAAACGCGCCCGUGCACUUGAGUGCCUCAGGCUUGGAGCAUAUGCUGCUUUCCAGGCAGUGCAUAAGGCCCUGUGCCUUGUCGGAUGUGCGACCCGACCGGAUGCCACAGACCCCGAUGCAGUGGUUGAGUUCCGCGACGCCUGCCUGUUGUGCCGCGUGGCCUUCUCGUCUCGGGCCGCAUGGGCCGUGCACGCUGCUAAGUGCCACGGGUACAGAGCACCCGCCACUCUCCUUGCCCGUGAGCAAGCCACCCCCUUCUGUGCAGGCUGCGGUCGACUUUAUGCCAAUCACAACCGACUUCGGCGUCAUCUGCUCCAUGCCGCAGUGUGCCGCACGCGGUGGGGCGCCUUCCAGCCCGAGGGGGGAACUCCUUGCACGCUCCCGGCUCUCCACGAGCAGAGACCACCCUGUCUGCUCCCUGGGGAAAUUGGUGCGGGGCCCGCUAGUGUUGACGCCUCUGUCAUCCACCCCGGCCUUCUUGAGGCCUUGCUGCACCUUCCUGCUCUUGACCCCGACCUUGUCUGGAGUACGGUCGUCGACUUCGUCGAACCGUUGUCUGUCUUGAAGGCUACUCUUGAAGCUUGGGCGGUCCAUGAGCAUGCGCAGCCAGGAUGUGCUGAGUGCGCCUCUGAUGCCGUUCUUCUUCUUGAUCCGGAGUUGUGGUGCGAUGACUUUCGCAGACCCAAAGCAGGCAGGCAGCAGCAGGCGGUUUGUGCGGCACUGGCACCGCCGAAGGCCUGUCGCUGUUCCUUUGUUCUGACGGGUCCCGAGGCCACGUUCAGGCUCGAUGAGCCACCUCUGCCUUCUAUGGUUUAUCCGUUCCAGGCAAGUGUACCUCUCGCCUGUGCUCGUCGGCAUUUUGCCUGGCUGGAGCAGGCCUGUGACAGUCUUGGCGCUUUCUUCCAGGCGUCCGCCUCCUCCCCUGCCAGCUUCCUUGCCUCCGGGGCUGCACUCCGUUGCCUAGAGCCCUUGACCUCUUGGGCUGUCGAAAGCGGUUUUGAGAAACGCUCGCGUGGCCUUUUUACGGCCCGCGAGUAA